AUGUCGCUCAACUUGACUGCUCGAAAUCUCUCACGACUACGCGCUCUCCGUGGCCUUACUCAGACACGCCAACCGUCUUCUCUGCUCCGCGCCGCACCCGCAUGCCAGUCCAUUCGCUACAACUCCGCACGCACACCCUCGCGUAACUCGAAUGAUGACCUUUUGGAGCUUGAGAGCCUCCUAGAUAAAGGCCGCAGCUACUCGUCCCGCCACAAAUCCCGGGCCGCGGAGGAGCACGACUUCGACCAUGUAAACCCGCUUGACCCGAUUGCCGUCCACCGCGCCGAAGCCGCCCGUCGUGCAUACUACUCCAGACGUCGAAACUAUGCCGCAUUGGGUUGUCUGAUUAGCAUCCUAGUUCCUAUUGUGGUUGUUUACAACAUCGACUUGGAAGAAUUCCAGAAGAAAAUCUCGGAGAGGACGGAUACGCCGUCGAACGUGGCUCAGGAAUUCCAAGGGAAGAAGGUUGUGCUUACGCCCGGUAGUGAAAAGCUUCGGGCAAUAGGCGACGAAGUCAUUGAAUUAGUAGAGACGGGGACAAGCAGCGUACCGGUUUUCCCCAAAACCAUCAGGCUACCCACAGCAGAUGGCGAUGCUGGCGCAUCGAAGGCAGAGAAGGACACCGAGUACACGCUACUUGGGCUUGGCAUCCGAACUGUAUCGUUCCUGAACAUACAGGUUUACGUCGUCGGAUUGUACGUCGAGACUUCGGCACUGCCCAGAUUGCAGGCUGCGCUCAUCAAGGAGGUCAACCCCAUGGCUUCUGCUCUGAUUCCCGGGGAGAAGGACCAACUUCGCAAGAGUCUCGUGGAUCCGGCAGACUCGAACGCUAUUUGGGAUUCGUUGUUGAGAAACCCUCAAUUGAGGGUUAACAUGGCCUUCCGUAUCGUUCCUACCCGCGACACCAAUUUUGCGCAUUUGCGCGAUGGACUGGUUCGUGGAAUCAGCAAGCGCAUGCAGGAAGCAAAUAUUGCCGCACAGCAGGCAAAAACCGAGCCUGAAUUCAACGACGAGGCCUUUGGCCAGGCAAUGAAGGAUUUCAAGGCACUGUUCAACUCGCGUGGAAAGGCUGGCAAGGGGUCAGUGUUGCUGCUCAGGAGAGAUGCUAAGGGCGCCCUCGAGAUGUUCUACCAGGCCACCAGUGGUAAGAAUGGAGGAAAGAUGGGACCGCUGGAAACACUGGGCACCGUGAAUGAUGAGAGGCUGACCAGGCUAUCGUGGCUGCUGUAUCUGGGCGGCAAGAACGUGAGCAGCGAGGAUGCAAGGAAGAGUGUCGUUGAUGGCUGUCUCGAUCUGGUGGAGCGGCCUAUUGGAACGGUUGAGACGAGGGUAGAGUGA